CCAAAUGCGCGUGACAGUGACAGGUGUCUGUUGCGCGCGUUUAUUCCGCGCCGUAAUUUACCUGAAACCUUCAUCGCUGCAUUCUUUGCACGGCACUAAUAAACGAUCAUAUUUAUCAAAUAACACUGUGCUUUACAUAAACAACGGCAGAUUAGUAAAGUUAAUAACGUGCUGAGUUAGUUUUUGAUGCCAUAACAGGUUUUGAGGAGAUAAUUUCUCUGUGAGGAAGCUACCAGUAAAGUUAGCUCAAACAUGACAACCAGACAGAAGACACUAGCUCAGGACAAACAGGUGAUUGUUGAGGCACUGGAUACUAAAGCGCAGUCACUGGUUUUUGUCAAACGCAUGGUGGUUAUAGCUGUAUCCUCCAUCACCUAUCUGCGUGGGAUAUUUCCAGAGGACUCCUACAGAUCCAGAUACCUGGAAGAUUUGUGUAUCAAAGUCCUCAAACAGGAUUGUUCAUGCCCUGAAGCCCACAAACUCGUCAAGUGGCUGUUGGGAAGUUUUGAUGCAUUGGAGAAGAGAUAUCUUCAAAUGGUGGUCAUUGGGGUACACACAAGUCCAGAUGACAGUCAGCAUGUCAUGGAGUCCUACCAGUUUAAGUUCAGAUACUCAGAGUGUGGACCACAGAUGGACAUCCUGAGUAAUGUGACUGGGGACAUAAGAGUGACCUUGGAGGACACAAAGAAAGCUUCUACGCUCUUGAUCAGGAAGCUAUUCCUCCUCAUGCAGAAUCUAGAGGCUUUGCCCACUGGCGUUUACCUCACUAUGAAACUCUACUACUAUGAUGAUGUCACUCCACCUGAGUAUGAGCCACCAGGAUUCAAGGCAGGUGUAAAUGACAGUCUGUGGUUCGAGGGAACUGCAGUGCACUUCAGAGUGGGCGAUAUUCAGUCUCGCUUCCACAGCAUGAAGUUGCGCGUGACGGCAGCACAGAGCCGGCUUGGGAAGCUACAGGAGGGAGGCCAGUUGAGUGAGAACGACACGGAGAUGGAGACACCCUCUCUCUCUCAAAUCAGAGCAGCAGAAACGGUGACCAGAAACUGUGAGCAGGACCUGCCCUCUGAAGAUGAAUCUAUCGCACAGUUCAAACAGCCCAAAAAAGCUAUAGCAAAGAGGAAGUGUAUCCGAAGCAAAGUCACAAGGAGGAAAAAGAAGAAAUGCUUUUGAAACCACAAGUUCACAUCAGACAAGAUGAUUUUUUUAAAGGGUUUUUGCUAAUAUAUUUUAAGUUAAUGAAAGUACAAUGUCCUUU